AUGUGGACACCCCCAGCAGCAGCUGUGUGCCAAAUCCGAUAUCUGGUCGAGGGCUGCAAGAUUCAGGAGGCACCAAUCACGGACAUCGAACGCCCUAGUGAUAGUGAAAUAUUGCCCCCGGAGCCUGGUUUGCCUGUUGCCGACUUUCCACCCUUUCCUUCAAAACCGGUUACAGAUCCGCCUGCUUCCAAAUCUGACGUGCAGCUGCUGAGCCACAAACGGCGACGAACGUGUGAUGAUGAUAGUCCGGACGAGGAUCUCCAGGAAUUAGAACAUGAUGUCCCGAAAGAGAUGCCGGUUACGGUUACUAACUCAAGUUUUUCUGAACCGUCGCACGCAGCUGUCGACGUUGCGGCUAUUGACGUCAUUCCGAGUGACGUACAGGCAGCUUUGGCAUCACAACAGCCGAGCCCGCCGCCUGAAGUCGCGACGUCACCACAGGACGAAUCACAACAAGCGCGUGCUCCCGAUAAGCAUAACGAGGAAGGCAGUAUUUGUGUACAAACUGAAGGAAGUCAAAGUCCGUCUACAAACAAACACGAAGUUCGUGCUAGAGACAACAAACAACCUUGUCCACCUACUGCGUCAGAUCUUUCUGCAGAUCAGAUGGCUGAGGCGUCACAUCACGUUAUGGACUGCGAAGUCACUCAGGACCCUCCCACACCUCCGUCUGCCGAUGUGUUCCCUAGCAGAACACGUAGUAGGACCAAAGUUCAACCGAACGUCAACGCAGUACGGAAGAAAAACAAACCCAACGACACCCAAGUGACUGUUCUCAGAGGACCGGAACCGGACCACUUACUAGUAGAGGAGGCGGCUCCUCGCCCGUCACCACCUGAGACCAAAGAUGCGCCCAUAGUCACGAACCAGAUAACGGCGACAAACUUAUCCGCUGCCCAGUCAGAGCAACAGGUAACUCCCGAUGACGAGGGCCAUGCCGCAGUUGCUGCGGCUGAAAACGUCGUGCUCCAGGAUCCGGAGGGCCCGCAGGAACCGGACCAGACCGUAUCUUCCGAUAGUGAGAUGAGCCGACCACGGCACUCACCCUGCAGACGCAAAAAACAACGGAUUGCGCCCCCGAACGCGGACCAGACGGCGAAGGAGGUGCGAGAAAAGGCUCAGCGGGUUGCCCGCACACUUGGAGGAACACCGGUAGCACAAGACGAUGGCAUCCACCAGGUCCUCAUUCCGGCGGACAUUCUUGCGACGGCCGAGCCACCUACCCCUCCCACCGAACGGAUGGUAGUGCACGCGACACGGGAGGUGACCCCGCAUGACUUACCCAUGCAGACACUUGACGGCGACACCCCGGAGGUUGGCCUCCGGGCGACCGGCAACUGGGCCGAUGAUGUGGAAAACGUUCCGCCAGGAGGGGACUUGAAUGACGAUCCUAUGGAUCCGGAGGGCCCGCAGGAACCGGACCAGACCGUAUCUUCCGAUAGUGAGAUGAGCCGACCACGGCACUCACCCCGCAGACGCAAAAAACAACGGAUUGCGCCCCCGAACGCGGACCAGACGGCGAAGGAGGUGCGAGAAAAGGCUCAGCGGGUUGCCCGCACACUUGGAGGACCACCGGUAGCACAAGACGAUGGCAUCCACCAGGUCCUCAUUCCGGCGGACAUUCUUGCGACGGCCGAGCCACCUACCCCUCCCACCGAACGGAUGGUAGUGCACGCGACACGGGAGGUGACCCCGCAUGACUUACCCAUGCAGACACUUGACGGCGACACCCCGGAGGUUGGCCUCCGGGCGACCGGCAACUGGGCCGAUGAUGUGGAAAACGUUCCGCCAGGAGGGGACUUGAAUGACGAUCCUAUGGUUGGUGUGGGGACGGCGGUCAUGCGCGGGGUCGGGGAUGUUACGGAUGGGCUUCCCCCCCGCCCCAGCGACCAGUAA